CUUCUGCAGCACUGGUCUUACAAAAAAAUAAAAAUGAGAAAUUCUGCACUUUUUGGUCCAUUAAUUUUCGCAAUUUUUCUAAUUGCGUCAUCCACUGGUCAAUCCGGUGGUCAUGGCGAUCCUUGCUCGGAGAAUGAUCAAUGCCUGACUUCCAUCGGGUUGGAGUGUCGCGAACAAAUUUGCCAGUGCAAGAUUGACGCUAUUUAUAACGAGGAGGUCUCUCGCUGUCAAACUCUGGCGGGGGGAGAUUGCUCAGAUUGGGCGGAUUGUAUAGAGGAAGCUUAUUGCGGAGAUAACAAGUGCCAUUGUUACGGCAACUAUUUUCCAACUCCUGACGGGUUUUGUCAAAAAUCGUACGGCUACCCUUGCCAAACUUCGGCGGAGUGUUAUCCAAACGACCAACUGAUCUGCGCCGCUGGACGAUGCGAAUGUCAAAAUUCAUUAAAUCAGGUCUGGAUGGAACGGAAUUACACGUGCAAUAUAAAAGUCGGGUUUCCAUGCCAACCACAAUCAAGCGUCAGAUGUGGAGAAGACAUGGCCUGUGUUCCGCAUACUCCCUCAAUCACCGGAUAUCGGUGCGGGUGUGAUAAAAGCAAUUAUUUGCCGACCGUUGAUAGAGAGCAUUGUCGACCAGGUUAUGCCCAGCCAUGUUCUGAAGGAGAAUUCGGAUGUGAUGAGCGACGAGGCCUCAAAUGUUUCCAAGGGGUGUGCCAAUGUGCCCAUUUUCCCUCCCAAGUGUGGGACGAGGAACAACUUCUCUGCGCCGGAGUGGAGGGAACGAUGUGCUCGUUUUACAAUACGGCUCGAGAAGAACCAAUUCAUAGAUGUUUGGCAAAUCUGGGGUGCAACGAAAUUGAUGGACCGAAUGGGAAUGAUGCUUUUUAUGGGAUAUGUCAACGCUAAGAAAAUCAAUUAAUAAUUUUUUGUGCAUUUACUCACAAAUUUAAAUUCGAAUUUGAAUUACAGUUAAGUUACAAUUAUUAAAUAAAAAUAUUUAACAUAUUUGAAAAACGGUUUGUUAGAUUAAUCGUGCCCCAAUAAAGUGUUUGAUAUAUUUCAAAAAUAGUAUGCCCCAUGUAGGAACAAUUUAGGUAUACAAAUGUGCACGUGUAAUACAUAUGUAAUUAUAAUGCAUAAAUAUGUACAUAUGUAUGUAUAUUGCAUACGAUUUAGUAAUUCCUUUUUGCACCAAUACGUAUGAUUGUGGAAACACUGAUUAAAUUGGGUAAAAGGGUUACAUUACUGUUUAGUUUCUUGCAGUGUGAAAAAUUGCAAGACGCAGAAAGUAAUAAUCUUAAGUUAAACUUAUGUUUUGCGUCCACGACCUCCUCAAGUAUUUAUUUAUCUACAUAUGUAUACAAUUUCCAACAUUAAAGACUCAGCAGAACAGUGCCGUGUAAGAAGCAAUAAAACAUUAGCGCAUUGUUUGCUUUUUAUUGAACACUGGA